UCCAGUGGUGGUGCCGGGUUGCAUCGCCUGUCGUGGAGGUUUCGGUGCCCGAAGCCGGGAGCGCGGAGUCGUUCCCGGGAGCGCCAGCCAGGCUAUGAUCGCGGGUCCCCGGCGGCCCGCUCCGGCCAACCAGAGUCCCUCUCUCAGCUUGUGCCCGUGCCCGAGCGGUCUCCCCAGUCCGGCCCCGCGGCGCAAUUGGCGGCGGCGCCCGCAGUGCGCCCCCUCCUCCGAUGGCGGCAGAGAUCCAGCCCAAGCCGCUGACCCGCAAGCCGAUCCUGCUACAGCGGGUCGAGGGGUCUCAGGAGGUGGUGAAUAUGGCCGUGAUCGUGCCCAAGGAGGAGGGCGUCAUCAGUGUCUCGGAGGACAGGACUGUUCGUGUGUGGUUAAAGAGAGACAGUGGACAAUAUUGGCCAAGCAUAUACCAUGUGAUGCCUUCUCCAUGUUCAUGCAUGUCUUUUAACCCGGAAACAAGAAGACUGUCCAUAGGUCUAGACAAUGGUACAAUCUCAGAGUUUCUUUUAUCAGAAGAUUAUAACAAGAUGACUCCUGUGAAAAACUAUCAAGCGCAUCAGAGCAGAGUGACGAUGAUCCUGUUUGUCCUGGAGCUGGAGUGGGUGCUGAGCACGGGACAGGACAAGCAAUUUGCCUGGCACUGCUCUGAGAGUGGGCAACGCCUGGGAGGUUAUCGCACCAGUGCUGUGGCCUCCGGCCUGCAAUUUGAUGUUGAAACCCGGCAUGUGUUUAUUGGUGACCACUCAGGCCAAGUAACCAUCCUCAAACUGGAGCAAGAAAGCUGCACCCUGGUCACAACUUUCAGAGGACAUACAGGUGGGGUGACUGCUCUCUGUUGGGACCCCGUCCAGCGGAUGUUGUUCUCCGGGAGCUCCGACCACUCUGUCAUCAUGUGGGACAUCGGUGGGAGAAAAGGAACAGCCAUCGAGCUCCAAGGACAUAAUGACAGAGUCCAGGCCCUGUCCUACGCACAGCACACGCGGCAGCUCAUCUCCUGUGGUGGUGACGGUGGGAUUGUCGUCUGGAACAUGGACGUGGAGAGGCAGGAGACCCCUGAAUGGUUGGACAGCGAUUCCUGCCAAAAGUGCAAUCAGCCUUUCUUCUGGAACUUCAAGCAAAUGUGGGACAGCAAGAAAAUCGGCCUGAGACAGCACCACUGUCGGAAGUGCGGGAAGGCCGUCUGCGGCAAGUGCAGCUCCAAGCGCUCCUCCAUCCCUCUGAUGGGCUUCGAGUUUGAAGUGAGGGUGUGUGACAGCUGCCACGAGGCCAUCACAGAUGAGGAACGCGCACCCACGGCGACCUUCCACGACAGUAAACAUAACAUCGUGCAUGUGCAUUUUGAUGCCACCAGAGGAUGGCUACUGACUUCGGGAACUGACAAGGUUAUUAAGUUGUGGGAUAUGACCCCGGUUGUGUCUUGAUGCCCCUUCCAGGCACCAGAAAGAUAGUAUUUACUCAAGAAACGGUUGUUCUAGCCUAAAGAAUGACUGGAGCUGGAAAGCAGAUGCGUGAGUGGUGGGAGAGAAGCUGAAGAGCUGAGCUGAGCUUGCAUGUGACCCGCACACACGGCGGUGAGCGGUCGGUGAGCUCUUGCGAGGGAACUCUUGCAACUUGUUCAUACGAUAUAAAGGAGGAUAUUUGUUUAACAAGUGGUUUAUACAGUCUGGCUGUGCUACCUUGUUUUGAGUAUACUGCAGACUCAGUGUGGGGUGUUUUAAGUUUCAUAUUUUUCACCACUUCGUUUUGGUUGUUGCUUUGUGUGUCGGAGAAAUGAGACGUGUAUAACUGUUCAGGGUAUUUUCGGUAGUUAUAGUUUCCGUGUUUCCUUCACUUGGACACAUAUCUCAUGGUCGGCAUCUUUUUCUUCUGUAUGUAUCCACCCUCAGCUUCAUCUGCUGUUCCCCGGAGUGUACGUAUUCAGUUUAUUUGCAGUGUUUCUGCUUUUGUAGAAAUUCCCUUCCAUUGAGACACCUGGAAAACCAUUUGUGUGGAUUUCUCAGCUGCCUCUUUAAUCGCCUGAAGAGUGAUCCGUUUGUGAUAUCUAGGUCAUACAUGUUCUCAUGGAGUGGAAAUGACCUUGUGUUUCUGCCUCAGUUUUUCUCUUUCCCACAUUAAAAAAAAAAUGUUGUGGGCUUCCCUGGUGGCGCAGUGGUUGAGAGUCCGCCUGCCGAUGCAGGGGACGCGGGUUCGUGCCCCGGUCCGGGAAGAUCCCACAUGCCGCGGAG